AUGACUACUUUAUCAGAUAACAUUCUCGUUCGAACAAUCGGCGUAUCUGCCGCUAUUAUCGGUGUAUGUGCUCUUAAAUACCCUGAUCGUGCUAUAUUUGAUGAAAAGCGCGAAGAUAUCGCAUCUAAUGGUGGUUGGCCAAUUGUUGGAGCAUUACCUGCAAUCAUAUAUAACGCUGAAAGAAUGCAUGAGUUCUUGUUAAAUGGAUUUAUAAAAUUGAAUACAUUAACAACAACGGCUUCCAUUUUAGGAAAUCCUCGCUCAAUCGCAACCAUUUCACCGCAAAAUAUCGAACACAUUUUAAAAAAUAAUUUUGAGAAUUAUGUCAAAGGCCCACAACUGAAUAAUGCCAUGGGAGAUUUAUUUGGUCACGGUAUAUUCAAUGCCAAUGGUGACCGUUGGAAGUAUCAAAGAAAGACAGCAAGUCAUAUAUUUAAUGUGAAAAAUUUCAGAGAUCAUUUUACAGAAGUUUUUGUAACAGAGCUUGAAUGCAUGUUCACCGGUAUUUUGGAUGUAGCUGUUAAGAGUCACGAAGUGAUUGAUUUUCAUGAUGUCAUGUUUAAAUUUACCUUGGAUUCAUUUGUCGAACUUGGUUUUGGCGUUAAAUUAAAUGCGGUUGCUAGCAAAGAAAAAGUACCUUUCGCCGCAUCGUUUGAUGAAUGUCAAUUAAACGGAUUUAAGCGUUUUAUCAAUCCUGUCUGGAAAUUGACCGAACCUAUCUAUACCCUUCUUCAUCCAUGGAAAAAAUCUGUACCUCAACACCUAAAAACAGUCGACGAGUUCGCAUAUGAAGUUAUUGCAAGUCGUAGAUUACAAUUGGCCAAUGGAGAAACGCAUCAUCAGGAUUUGUUGUCCAGAUUUAUGAAUGCCCAUAACGAAAAUGAUGAAUUGCUGAACGAUAAAGAAUUACGUGACAUCGUCCUAAAUUUCAUUAUUGCGGGAAGAGAUACAACGGCGCAAGCAUUAUCUUGGACAUUUUAUAUGUUGAUGCUGCAUCCUCGUAUUGAAAACGAGCUUUUAAAGGAAAUUACAAAGAAUAUCACAGACGAUUUGACAAGUAAGCCAGCGGAAUUAUACGAAGCCAUCAAAACAAUGACAUACGCCCAUGCCGUUUUUUAUGAGGUGCUGAGACUAUUUCCUUCGGUACCCAAUAAUCAAAAAUAUGCCUUAAAUGAUGAUAUUUGGCCUGAUGGUACACAUAUUAAGAAGGGUGAUUAUGUGAUGUGGUGUCCAUGGGCCCAAGGCCGAUCCGAAAGCGUUUGGGGACCUGAUGCUAAAGAGUUUAAGCCAGAGCGUUGGGUAACAGCAGAUGGGGAUCUUCGUCGGGAGUCGCAAGGUCAAUGGCCAGCUUUCCAUGCAGGACCUCGGGUUUGUUUAGGCCAAAAUCUGGCUACUCUUGAGGCUUUAGUUGCCAUGGUAUAUUUAGUAAAGAAGUAUAAAUUUUCUCUUCUCAGUAAUCAGAACAUAACCUAUCAGAUCUCCUUGACCUUGCCGAUGAAGGAAGGUAUGAUGGUCACUGUCGCAAAGCGUUAA